AUGUCGACGCCGAAUCGAAGACAGCGGGACUCGCAGUCCGCGACGCCUCGCCGGUCCACGCGCAAUUCCGAGGCGGGCACUCCUGCGCGGCUGGUCUCGAGCCCCAUCUUCUACCAGUCGUCGCCGGCGCCCACGCAGGGUAUCGAUGAGGUCAUGGGGGAUGUUUCGUCGCCGCUGCGGCAGAUGUCGAAUAGCCAGAGCACGCAGCCUACCAAUGGGCCUGCGCCGAGCUCGCCGCUGAGGCAGAUGACGGAUACGCAGUCCACCAAUGGUGAUGGCCAGCGAACUCCCCGGGCCAGUGGUGGUCUUGCUGGAGAAUCCUCUCCCAUUCGUUACGAACCCAGCUCUAGUCCUGGCCGAACCCCGAGACUGCACUCGGAUCUGCGCAGUGAAAGCAGUGGUCUCUUUGUUGGGUCCAGCCGCGGCACGUCUCACAGACGUGGAGACAUCAACUCGGACACCGUCAGAACACCCCGUGCUCCUCGGCAUGUUAUCCUAGACGAAGCUGGUCGAGUCUUGAGGGAGGGCCAAGCUCCUGGCUCCGAUGCUGCCUCUUUCGCGAACCGAGACCCUAAUACCUCCGAGGCUGAUGUGCUGGGUGGUGCUGGCCAGACCCUCAUCUGGGGUACUACUGUGUCCAUUGACGAUACCUUUUCCACAUUCAAGGAUUUCUUGCGGCAUUUCACUCUCAAAUACCGCAUGUACAGGGACGGCCUUACGGAUGCAGAGGUCAACGCUGCUCCGGAUGCCGAAUCCAAGCCAUACUGGGAGGCACUGCAGAACAUGCUGCUUCUCGGCACGACAAGACUGUAUCUCGACAUCUCAGAUUUGAACCUAUACCCGCCGACACGGAAAUUGUGGCACCAGAUCCAAGCCUACCCUCAAGAAGUCGUCCCGGUCAUGGACCAGUCUGUCCAUGAUCUGAUGCUCGACCUUGCUCAAGCCGAAACAAUGAGGAACCGACCAUCACAGAGCAGUGCCGGACAGCAAGCCUCUCAGAGAAGCACCCAGGGCUCUGAGCCUGUGUUCCCCAGCUCCGACAGGCCUGAUGAAGGCAUUACUCCUACACCCCGACCGCGGGACGAAGAACCUACGUUGGAGGAUCAAGUCGCAUCUUCACUCUACGUUGUGCGUCCCUUUGGCCUUGACAAAAUCACGAAUCUGAGAGACUUGAACCCUGCCGACAUGGAUCGCCUUGUCUCUAUCAAAGGCCUCGUUAUCCGCACCACGCCCGUGAUUCCAGACAUGAAGGACGCGUUCUUCCGCUGCAACGUCUGCAAUCACUCCGUCAACGUUGGCUUGGACAGAGGCAAGAUUCGAGAGCCUACCGAGUGCCCUCGCCCCAUGUGCGCUUCCAAAAACUCGAUGCAGAUCGUUCACAACAGGUGCUCGUUCGAAGACAAACAAGUUAUCAAGCUUCAAGAAACUCCGGACAGCAUCCCCGCUGGCCAGACGCCCCAUUCAGUCUCCGUCUGCGUCUACAAUGAGCUCGUAGACUUUUGCAAGGCCGGUGACCGUGUCCAGUUGACUGGCAUCUUCCGAGUCAGUCCCGUGCGCGUGAACCCUCGCCAAAGAGCCAUCAAGAGCAUCUACAAGACUUAUGUGGAUGUCCUGCAUGUACAGAAAGUGGACAAGAAGCGCCUCGGAGCCGACCGAACUACGCUUGGUGUGGAGGGUGAAGAAGAAGCGGAGACAGACAACAAUGAGAUGGAAGAGACUCGCCGCAUCACGGCCGAGGAUGAACUGAAGAUUCGAGAGACGUCACGUCGCCCUGACAUUUACGAGCUUCUUGCCAGAUCCUUGGCUCCUUCGAUUUAUGAAAUGGACGACGUGAAGAAGGGCAUAUUGUUGCAGCUGUUUGGUGGAACCAACAAGACCUUUACAAAGGGCGGCAACCCAAAGUACAGAGGCGACAUCAACAUUCUUCUCUGCGGUGACCCGUCCACGUCCAAAUCGCAGAUGCUGACGUAUAUCCACAAGAUCGCACCGCGUGGUGUCUACACCAGUGGCAAGGGUUCCUCAGCCGUCGGUCUGACUGCGUAUGUCACUCGCGAUCCGGAGACGCGACAGCUGGUUCUCGAAUCGGGCGCUCUGGUCCUCUCCGACGGAGGUGUCUGCUGCAUCGACGAGUUUGACAAGAUGAACGAAUCCACUCGAUCUGUCCUUCACGAAGUGAUGGAGCAACAAACCGUGUCGAUUGCUAAAGCCGGCAUCAUCACGACCCUCAACGCACGAACAAGCAUCCUCGCCUCUGCCAACCCCAUCGGCAGUCGCUACAACCCCGAGCUGUCCGUUCCGCAAAAUAUCGACCUUCCUCCCACCUUGCUCUCCCGUUUCGACCUCAUCUACCUCAUCCUCGAUCGCGUCGACGACAAGACGGACCGUCGGCUGGCCAAGCAUCUCCUCUCCAUGUACCUGGAGGACAAGCCUCAGUCGGCACCCACCAACAAUGACAUCCUCCCCAUCGAGUUCUUGACCCUGUACAUCUCCUAUGCGCGCUCCCAUAUUCAGCCCGUCAUCUCGGACGAGGCAGCCAAGGAGCUUGUCGAAAGCUACGUCGCCAUGCGAGCCCUGGGUCAAGACGUCCGUGCCGCAGAGAAGCGCAUCACGGCCACCACUCGACAGCUGGAAAGCAUGAUCCGUCUCGCCGAAGCCCACGCCAAGAUGCGCCUCUCCGAGACUGUCACCAGAGAUGACGUCCAGGAAGCGUACCGCCUCAUCCAGUCUGCUCUCAAGACUGCUGCCACCGACUCCGAAGGCAGAAUCGACAUGAGCCUGCUCACGGACGGAACCAGCGCUGCGGAGCGGAGGCGCCGCAGUGAGCUCAAGGAUGCGGCGCUGCGACUCCUGGACGAGAUGACAGCGGGCGGAAACGCUGUUCGGUGGAGCGAUGUGGCUAGGAGGCUGGCAGAGGCUUCAGCGGUGCCUGUCGAGCAGGCUGAGUUUAAUGAGAUUAUGAGGACGCUGGAGGCUGAGAAUGCGGUGAUGGUGUCUGGCGAGGGUGCGAGGAAGAGUGUGAGGAGAGUUACGGCUGUUGUUUGA